AUGGCGGGCUCUACCCCUCCUUCGCAGGCGGAGGAGCUUCUCGCCGGAGUAAACAAGUACUGCGAGCAGAUUCCGGUGCUGCAAAAGAUGGCGACACAAUUUGGAGUAAAACCAGCACUGCUGUUGAUGGUCGGGAUCUCCGUGCUGCUGCCGUUUGCUUUGUUUGGUAAAAGACGCUUUUUUUUCGCGGCCGCUAGAGCUUUCUUUUGUGUAAUUUUUGAUUUUUUUCAAUUUUAUCCAGUAGUCGCAAGAAAAAGAGUUUCAGAUUGUGUCUCAGUAGCACACUUCUACUCGUCGUCGAAAACGAAAUGUCUAUAUCAUUUAUCAAUCAGGCAUCGGCGGCGAUACACUCUGCUACAUUGCGGGUGGCGUGUGCCCGGGAUAUUUCAGUUUCAAGGCACUGAAGAGCAAGGACAUGGAGAAAAUGUCACUUUUGCUCAAGUACUGGGUCAUCUUCAUCACAGUGUCGCUAGUGGAGCUCUUCGCCGAUUUCCUGCUUUUCUGGAUACCAAUGUAUAAUCUAGAUUUUUAUGAAUGUAGUUUACAAGUCGAUGAUGACAUCAGAGUACUUUGUUCCUUGGCAGCUUGUUUUUAUCGCUGUUUCGGAAGAACUGAUGAUUUGGAUUUGCAUCUGGUGAGCUUCAAAAUAUUCUCCUUCAACAGUAGUUUUUUCCCACCACUCGUCACACACACAGGUACUACCUCCUGAAGCUGGC